UUGGCGUUCAAGGCUGCCCGUUCUUUCCUUGUGCCUUGAGGCAACCUCUUUGCAAGCUGGACUCCUGCUGCCUGUCAGAUUCCAGCUGUCUGCGGGGGCUUCGCAGCGUGGUCCAAGCGAAAGGUUUAUAGAAGGGCCACAGUUGCCUGGGGACUGACGCUUUUGCCCUGGAGCCAUUGCGUUCAGGGUGGAGCUAUUUGCUGCUGGGUCUCUGGUCCUUCCUCUCGCUGGGGGCUUGCCUCACGUGGCGUCUCAUUUAUUGAGGUGAGAUUCGUCUUGGGGGAGGGCAUGAAAAGUGUCAUACUGCUGCUUUUGCUGCUGUUUCCCCCCCCCCCCCCCCCGCCCCCAGCUUGUUGUCUGGCACUGCCCUUUGGUGGUCCUCUUCCUCCCUGCUUCAUCUGUGGCCAGUAGCGGGGAGAAUGCCUCGCCUGCAUGGGGAGGGGCGCUGGGAAGACUUCUUCCUUUCCAAAUGUGUCUUCUGCCUGCACUGAAAUGGCAUGCAAAGUGCCGAAGAUAGUGGGCUGCCUCUCUGUGCCCCACUCCCUCAGCCUCGGCCAGAAGAUGUUUGUAGGACGGGCUGUGCAGGCUCUGAAUCUUUGUAAUUGCUCUGGCCCUUUGCAGUUGGCGGUGACCUCUGCAACACAGCAUAAGGGACCCUGUUGCUGGUGUGGAUCUUGUGUGCAUGUGGGGAAGGAUGCUGGAAAGUGCCUGCGUUGCUGCCUCUUAACGAGCCCUUCCUUGCCUCCUGUUCAGCUGAGCCGUGGCCUGUUCCAUGAGGAACCACUGCCAUAUCUUGUGCACCAGCCCCCACCAUGGCAGGUGCAGUAUGUGACUCAGAGUCGCCGAACCAGCCGAGACGGUGAGAAAGGAGGAAGUUCUCGGCACAACAGCAUCUACACAAUGCCAGGGCGAAGCGGGGACGGCGGUGCAGCACCCAGCGGUGAGUGUGAGGAGUGGAAGGACCCGUUAGAGAGGGCUGCAGUGACCAUCCAGACUCACUACCGCAAAUACCAGCAGCACAAACAGGGGCUAUAGAGCACUGGCCCAGUCUCUUCUGUCCCUGCCUCCUCCUCUUUGUUUUGGCAAGCAAGUGCUGGGCGGGUUUGGGGUUUUGUGGGUGUCUGGGAGGGGGGGUGGAGCUGCUCACACCAGGCUACGAAUCCUACUUGCCUCACCCCACCUGUUCCCCACCUUGGGCACGAUCUCCUGACUUCUCUGGCUGUUUCUCUGAUGAUGUCUGGGCAAGUUUUGAUCAUCCCUUGGAAAUGGGAAUGUGUUCUGUGCAGGGUCCUGAUCUGGCUGCAUACCCUUCUCUUGUGGGAUUGUCCAGGCUCGUGGGGCUUCAGCUUCUGGCCAGUGCAGGAAAGUCCACUGCUUGAGUAUCCCUGACAGCAAGUUGCCCAGUUUCUGCUGGAAGACUUCCUGUGAGGGGCAGCGAUGGGCCCCGUCAUCCAACCACUAGUGCUGUAAGGAAGCUUCUUGUCAUGUUCAGCUGAGACUUAUCCUUUUGCAUCUUAGCCCAGGAGAGCUGGGGUUUUCCUCUGGAGCAGCAGGGAAUAAUUCCUUGCCCUCUUACCUGGGACGGUUCUUCUGUCUUCUCUUUAGCAGCCUUCGUCUUGUCAUAGCGUAAGACCAGUUUCCAGCCAGCAUCGCUCCCCCCGGCAUCAGUGCACGUGGCUGAACUGGGUCUUCUUUACAGGGUUGCAAACAGAGGAGACCUGGCUAGGGAUACUCUGCUAAAAUUAACAGAGCCUAAAAUUGCAAUAGCUGUUUUUGCAACCACGUUACACUUCCGCCUCAUGCUCUGUUUGAGCUCAACGGCCGUCCUGCGCCCUUUUCACAUGUUCUGCUGCCAAGGCAGGUAUCCCCCCACUCUCGAGGGUUCAGUGCACACAGGCAUCAGCCUAGCAGCUUGUUAACUGAAGGGCAACUCCUGUAGCUGAGCUAUGGUUUGAUCUGUGUCGCAGACGGGGAAGUGGGGCAGGGAAGGACUGUCGAUUGCAGUAUAGCUGACCUGUGAUGAGAACACAGCGCAGUGCUUCUCACUGGCUGCCCGUUUUUGCUGCUGUACGUUGGGCUUCAGAAAUCAGCCCUGAAUAGAGCCCAGUCCAGGUUUUUGGUGUGUCAUCAGCUUCCCAUUCCUCUGCAGGUAUUUUAGUGUCCCAGACUUCAUGUAGUUUUGCUGCUCGUACCUGCCUUUUCUUCUGUGGCCACCCACUGGGGAGAAGCAGAUUUUCUUGCCCUAGCAAGGAGUGGCUUAUGAGGUGCAAACUUUGGGGCACUCGUCAUCCCCACCCGCUCACCUCUACAGCCAGUAAAGGAGAGGAGGGUUUCAAAGGUCAGAGGGUACAGAAGGAAUUUAGACAACCCAUCUGCUGUUCUCUCUCAGAUGGGCAGCUGAACUGCCACAUUUGCCUGCGGUGACCCAGAAGAGAUUUAUGCCAGACAUGGGCUUGUGGCCUCACGCAGGCCCGUUAUGCGCAUGGUGUCUGUUGCACAGUGGGCUGAAUGUCCCUCACAAGAUUUCUUGCAUGGAUGUAGUUCCCUGAGCCCUGCUUUCAAUUUCCAUUCUUCCCACACCAAGCGACACCACUCUAAGAGUGAUUUAAAUUUUCUUUGCCACCAGAGCAGAGUUGAUUUGCCAGUGAGCACAGUUUGGCCCAGGACAUCUUCCCUCCGCCCACCGCCAGCCCCUUCCACCCCUGUGUGUGCCUCCCUCCUUCCCCUUUUCAGAUUUGUUAUCACUUCAGUGUUUAUUAUAUUGAUAUAAACAGAGAAAAACUGCAAAA